GUGCCGUCUCUCUCCCGGCCGGCCCUUUACUAGUCACGUCACCUACUAAUACCGCUGUCCCCUCGUCUGCGUCCCAUGAUUGACCCGACCUCCCUCGCAACCGUCGUCCUGUUGGCCUCUGCAUCCGCCCUCCUCCUCGCAGCCAUGUUCUACCCGUCCAAGAUGCUCCGCUGGUUCCAGCGCAAGCGAUACCAAUACGAGGUCACAUUUUCCCUGUACAUGUUGACGCCCACAGAGAAAUUCAUCUUCAACUCGGUGCUUUUCCUCCUUCUUUCUCUCCUCAUAAUAGCCGCUUGCCUCUACCUCCCCGAGCAUCUUUCCAUCAUCGCACACCGCAUUCUCUACUACAUAUCCGGCCACCAGCACUCGCUCGAUGCCCACAAGGUGAGCCAUUCGUCAAUGCCCCCCUCGGAUAUGUCGUCGCACGCGCCAUUGGGAGGCGGUAUCAAUGCCAACGGAAGGGCCCAUAUGGAGAUAUAGGAAUACACCGGAUUACAUCGGAUCAUUGAGCGUAGCUACAUUCUGUAAAGAAAUAGAGGGAUACGGCGUUUAUACUGGAAUCUAGAACGCACGGCUGGACUGUUUGUACCUGUGCGAAGCCCUGCCAGAUAUAUGGACAAGUGCUUCUUGUAUAGCGCCUGCAUAUUACAUACAUUAUGAACAAAGAAGAGCAGGCCGUGUUCAUAUCAGAACAGUCCAACGCAACGGCGCCAGACUCUCAGCAAAUCAACAUCUCAUUUGCAAUUAACUCCACAACACGAGAUACCAUAGUUAAUGUUAAUACACACCUCGUACACGAUAUAU